AUGGCUUUUAUGACUGUCUUUCAAAAGUAUUUAUUAUAACCAUAUUAAAUAGAUUUGAAAUCUUGGAAUCAUUUAGGUUUUAAUCAAACUUCCAUGCUUGUGCUAGCUUAGGGGAAUAACAAUUUCAAAAGGAUCCACCAUUUUAAUGUGAAUUAUUGAAAAAGAAUUUAUUUUAUUCUAUUCAUCUAAUUCUAUAUAAUGUUAUUUAUUUAUACAUGAAAUAUACAUUAAAAUUAUAUAAUUAUUACAAUUGA